AUGGACGGCUUUGACGAUCUCCUUGCGCCCUCCCGCCACGCUCUCGAGGACAAUCCCUUUGCAGACCCCUUUGCAAAGCCCCGUUCCAACUCUCCAGAUCCAUGGGCCACUCCCUUUGCCACUGAGAAUGCCUUUGCAGAUUCCACAAGUCCAUUUACCACUGAAGAUCCACCGAGCACCAUCCCUGAUCAUUCCGACCCCCUCGACUCCGCUGCUCACCACUCUGACGACGACGACGAGUCGCGAUCCAACCCCCGUUCACCCGGCUUCCGCGAGAGCAUCCCCACCACCUCCUUCUCAGAAACAGCCACCAUCCGCCCAGACAACCUCGAAGAGCAUACCACCCAUGACUCUACAAAUCCAUCCGACAUAGCUUCACCCGCGCCCCCGCUUUCCCCCACUCAAUCGAGCAGCGCACCACCCGCUCCAUCUUCCUCCUCAGCCGCCUUCCGUACGCCCCUUGAUGCGCCCCUCGAGCGCUCCGUAGCUGCCCUCUCCCUAGGCGGAGAGGCCCUCGGCGGAUGGCAGACCGAGCACGAGCAGACGCCCUGGCAAUCCGAGUCCUUCCCUACACCCACCGCCGCACCACCCGCCCCUGCAAAGCCCCAGGACGACGACGACAGCGACGACGACAAGCCCAUCAUGCAGGCCUACCAAAAGCAGCACCCCGAAGCCACCACCCCAACCACAAGCAGCGCCAAACCCCCCGCCAAUGGCCUACAGCCCGUCUUCACCAUCACCGUCGACGACCCCCAAAAAGUCGGCGACCCCAUCCGCUCAUUCACAAUGUACACCGUGCACACCCGCACCACCUCCCCGCUCUUCGCCAAAUCCUCCUUCUCCGUGCUACGGCGCUACUCCGACUUUCUCUGGCUCUACGAAACACUCUCCGCGAACAACCCGGGCGUCGUCGUUCCUCCUGUCCCAGAGAAGAACACCUUCGGCCGCUUCGACGAUCAAUUUGUGAGGCAGCGCCGCGUCGCGCUCGAAAAGUGCAUCACCAAGACCGCGAACCACCCCGUGUUGGGUAAAGACCCGGACCUGAAGAUGUUUCUCGAGAGCGACUCGUUCGCGUUGGAUAUCAAGCAUCGCAAGGCGGAGAUCGCGAGUGAGAAGGGAGGCUUGAUUGCGAGUAUCGGCCAGUCCAUUACUGGACCUAGGUUUUACGAGACCGAUGAGUGGUUUGACAGACAAAAAGUGUACCUCGACGGACUCGAGUCGCAACUACGCGGACUCGUCAAGUCCAUCGAGCUAGUAUCCAAACACCGCGUCGAACUAGCCACAGCGACAGGCGAAUUCGCACAGAACGUGACCGAGCUCUCCGAAUCGGACGUGGGCAAGCAGCUCGCCCACUCGCUCGCGGGGCUCGCGGACAUCGAGCGCGCCGCGCAGGACCUGCAAAGCGCACAGGCAGAGCACGAUCUCACGACGCUCAUGGCGACCGUGGAUGAAUAUGCGCGGUUGAUCAACUCUGUUCGCCUGGCGUUCUCCUCGCGCAUCCGGGUAUACCACGCAUGGAAAAACCAGGAAAACGAGCUACUGCGCACUAAACAGACGCACGAGAAGAACCGCGCACAGGGGAAAAUUCCAACUGACAGGCUGGGGUACUCGUUGACGCAGAUCGCAGAUGCGGAACGAAGAGCGUCAGACGCAAAACUCGAAUACGAGCAAGUUUCAAAGCUAGUCAAAACUGAGAUGGCGCGGUUCGAGCAGGAGCGGAUCGAGGAUUUCAAAGAGUCGUUACAAGCUUUCCUCGAAGGGAUGAUUUCGAGGCAGAAGGAGCUUAUUGCUGCGUGGGUCAAUUAUCAGCAGAUGCUUUUGAAGAAAGUGGGAGGAGGAGGUGGUGGUGGGGCUGGGGCUGCUCAGGCGCAGGCUCAGGCUCAGGCUUAG